AUGGGCUACAAAGCGAAUACCAGCAGCUCAAGACAUCAUGCACUACUUGCUGGCAUGCUUAGCGUCUUGAUCUUGCUGUUGACCGUUGAUAUUUACCUUUCUGUCCUGUCACCAAGAAGUUGUAGCUUCUUCUCCAUGGCCUCCCAGAAAAUUGUUACAGGCUAUGGGUUUGACAAUGACAAUGAACAGGAAGGACAGCAGCGUAUCGACGGUAUGACCAUCGAAGAACUGCUCGAUAUCCAACACCAUGACAACCGGCGUGGAAUACUCUUCCAUGAGAUCAACGAAUUAGAAGAUUUGAAUCACGAAGGCGAUGAAGCCUGGGAUAAACUCUUCCCUCCCAGCGGCGGCUAUUUAUUUCUGACCUCGAAUGAAACGACAUCAUCCUCGGAGCCAUGGGGCAUAGGCAUGUUUCAUGGCCUGCAUUGCUUGCAAAUGCUAUGGGACACGAUUCGGGACCUGGAGGGCCAGCUCAAUCAAUCCGAUAGGGAACAACGACAUAAUCAGCGUCAUGAGCACAGCCAUGAGGGAGCAGGUGCUUUUGUCAAUGCGAGUACACAUUACAAGCAUUGCUUUGCGUACCUUGCGCAGUCCAUAGCGUGUGCGGCUGAUGGAACGCUGGAAGCUCCGCAUUUUCAUUACUACCAAAAUGGCACAUUUAAGAACUAUAAUGUUGAUGGCGUUGGAACUUGGCACCAGUGUCGAGAUCUAAGUCUCAUAUGGAAGAAAGUGCUGGAGAGUGAAGAGCGCCCACUCGAGCAAUGGGAUCAUCAGGUCGGCGACACGGUUCAAAGUUUUCGAGAUCGAGUGGUGAUUCACGACCUACCAGGUUCCGGCAUAGCUCCUUUCCUGCCCAUUCCUACUCCACGGUCGGGCUAUGCGCUUCCGCUACAUGUCUUCCUAUUUUGCUUCCGUCUUCCACUUCUUAUAUUCGUGUGCCUGAGUUACUUCGUUGUUUUGCAAUGGUUACCAAUUGGUUCCCUUGGGAAGAAGGCAUCUUUAUGGUGUAUACUCGGCGUGCCGAGCCUAUGGUGGAUUGAUUUGCAGGUUGACGGCGUCAAGAGAGGACGCCUUGCCAGCCAACGAUCCCGCCUUCCCGUUGCCAACUGCAUCAUUGCAUCUUCCUUCACCUCGCCUAUCGACCCAGUAUAUCUCGCCGCGAUUUUUGACCCCGUGUUCACCGCAUCAUAUCCUAAUACGCGCAAGGUUGAGCGUUUAUCACUUCUGCAAGCUAUACUGCGGUCAUUCGCAUAUCCCUAUGUCACACCACCACCAAAUGCACGGCUGGUUGAUCUUUCCGACCUCAUCCAGAAAUAUCGAUCCAGACCCGUCGUCGUCUUCGCUGAAUGCACAACGACCAAUGGUCGUGGUAUCCUUCCACUCAGCAAAUCUCUCGUAUCUGUACCGCCACGCACGAAGAUCUAUCCGGUGAGCUUACGGUACACCGAAGCAGACGUGACUACCCCUGUGCCUGGCAGUUACUUGACUUUCCUGUGGAAUCUGCUCAGCAAGCCAACUCAUUUUAUCCGCGUUCGCGUCGCCGAAUACGUCACGACGAAGAGUCUGUCUCCAUCGUCACGGAGUCAUAGCAACACCAGCACAGACUUUUUUGACGAGGAUGAGGAUCAGGAACCAGCUUCAUUCCUUGUGGAGAAUGUAGACAAAAAUAAAACUUCGGACUUGACGAGACAUGAGAUAGAUGUGCUCGACUACGUUGGCGAGUCGUUGGCACGUCUGGGGAGGGUUAAGAGAGUCGGUUUAGGGGUGAAGGAGAAGCAGGACUUUGUGAACAUGUGGGCGAGACAGCAAAGGCUUCGAUGA